UCGAGACCAGUUUUUCUAAAUAGUCCCAAUGCAAAUUUCCAGACCCCAUGUAUAAUGUGACAAAAGGCUUUAAAAAAAAACCUGCUUCAGCUUCAUCUGUCUCCUAGCAACAUGCAGCUUCACACCACACUGUAAUCUGUGAUUUCGCUCAGUCCUCAGGUAGACUGGAUGUUUGGGAACAUAUUCAAUCAUUAGAUCUUUUGUAAAUUCAUAUAUUAAUGUUAUUGAAUACUCUUAUGUUUUUAUUUUAUUCUGCAGAGUAAUAACUCAAAACAAUACUCACUUUUGCUGGGUACUUCACUGUCAAUGAUUGCAUCUAACAUGAAUGUUUUGAAGUAUUCAUUUUACUAUACAUAACUAGCAAUGUGGGUGCCUAACUGGUGCACUGAUCAUUGCUGUAUCCUUUCCUAUGACAAGUUACUGACAAUUAGACUGACUGGGUCUCAUGUCUUACUUAACAUAACUUAUAGGAUCAACCCUUAAUAGGGAAGUCUCAGAAUACAAUUUGUCAAUUUGCCGCCUGUUCUCUCUCUCCGGUUUGUAUCUCACACUUGUGUCUGUGUUCAGUGUUCUCCACCCAUCCAGAGGAUGGUGUUGGUGUACUGGGUGCUCCCCUCACACUGUACUGUGCAGUGUAUGACUCCAGCAGCCAGGGGGAACUGUCUGUUAGAUGGGAGAGGGCCAGUGGAGAGCCAGCAGCAUUGAGUCCUGGUCCUGGCAGAGGGAUCCACCAAUUGGCCAACGGAUCUCUGUUCUUCCCCCAGCUGAGAGAGGGGGACCUGGGGAAAUAUGUCUGUAGUGCAGGCAUUGGAGCCAAACACAUCAUGACUGUUGUCCAAGUGAUGGAAGCUGACCUGGAGGGGGUGUUCUUCAGUCCUCAGUCUCAGACAGUCAGUGAGGGUCGGGCAAUGUUCCUCCAGUGUGUCUCAGGGGACAGCUCCCCCCCAGCACACAUCACCUGGCUCAAAGACAACACACUCUUCACCAAAGGCGCUCAGAUUCAGGGGCAAUAUGGAGGGGGUAACCAGAGGAAGACCUCGGGCACUCUUCACCUCUCUAAUGUCUCAAUGGAGGACGACGGGGAAUACGUCUGUGUUACACACAACGCCUUACUGAACACCAGCCGGGAAAGCAAGGCAGCUACACUCACAGUACAAGGAGUCCCUACAAGGCUGCAGAUCACUGAGGGCCCUGACAACAUCACAGUUGCCAUAGAUACGGAGGCCUCCAUGCGCUGUGCUGUCCGAGGAUUCCCACCUCCCACAGUGCAAUGGUUCAAAGACAGCCAUCUCCUUGUGAACAACUCUGGCUUGAGUCUGCAGAACAAGGGACAGCUGCUUGUUUUCAAGAACGUGUCUGAGGAUGAUGAGGGUUCCUACCACUGUGAGGCCAGGAACAAGAGGGAGACAGUCAGGUCUCAGACUGCCUUUCUCCUUCCAGCAGUGAUGGGGUGGACCUUUGUCCAGCAGCCUACCAACAAGGCUGUGAGGAUGGGGGAGUCUGUUACUCUGGUUUGUAGACCCCCCUACAGCAGGCCUCCAACAACAGUGUCCUGGUUUAAAAACAACCGCCUCCUCGCUCCCAAGACACACUUCACUGUCAGGCCUAGUGGAGACCUCAUCUUCCACAGUGUCUAUGACACAGACAGUGGAGUCUACUUCUGCAGAGCAUCCAACGUCCACCUGUACAGAUCUGUGACCUCCAGCGCUGCCAGACUGACCGUUCUGGGUAGAUACUGUAUGACAUCACACAGGAUGUAGGCUUAUUAU